GUGGGCGAGAUUAAUGAGAAACUGUGUCAGCCCCUCCGUAGCCCGACUCGUUUGAAUAGGCAGACCGAAUAGCUUAGUAAGGAACUCCUACGGGCUUCACAGGCCCGUAGACACGUCAAUCAAGCGUUACAACCAAUAAUCUUGCGCGAUUCGAUGAUUGACACGUCGGUCCUACUUAAUACCCUUUUUUUUUGUAACUAAAGCUGAAUGUGUACAACGUCACAUGUUGUUUUGCUCUUCAGUUCAGUCACUCGCUCAUAUGUGUUAUUUACUGUGAAACUGUUACAGAUAUCGUAUGGAGAUCCGUGCGCCGAGGACGGAUUAGAGAGAAGAGGAGGUGGGAAAAAAGAAAAACUGGGAAAAAAUAAAGCAGAGGAAGAGCGAGCGAGAGAAGAAGAGCGAUAGAAAGAGCGAUCCGCGGCGGAGACGCGCUGGAUUAUUUCUUGUUUACGACGAGGACAGACAGAAAAAAAAGUUAAAAAGUGAGGAGUUGGGAGUAAAAGAGGAUGGCGAGUCCGCCGACGGCUGGAGGGCCGUCCGCUAGCGCUACCGCUAAUAAUAACAACGUCAAGAAGUGCGGCUACCUGAGAAAGCAGAAGCACGGACAUAAACGCUUCUUCGUGCUGAAGGAGCAGAGCGACGGCUUCCCCGCCCGCCUCGAGUACUACGAGAACGAGAAGAAAUGGAGAAACAAGUCGGCGGCCAAGCGGGUGAUCCUGCUCGACUCGUGUCUGAACAUCAACAAGCGAGCAGACGCCAAGCACAAACACCUCAUCGCCCUCUACACCAAGGACGAGUACUUCGCCGUGGCCGCCGAGCACGAGCAAGAGCAGGAGGGUUGGUACGUCGCGCUCACCGAUUUGAUGAAUGAAGGCAAAGUGUACGAGGGCUCGGGGUCCGCCUCAGCCUCCUCCUCGCUGGCGGCCCUGGAGGAGAGCAGCUACGGGCUCAUCACGCCGGCCAACGCUGCGUACAAGGAGGUAUGGCAGGUCACCCUAAAAUCCAAAGGGCUGGGGCAGAGUAAAAAUUUAACUGGGGUCUACAGACUGUGCCUUUCGAGCAGGUCCAUCAGUUUUGUCAAGUUGAAUUCCGACAGCCCAUCGGUUAGCUUGCAGCUGAUGAACAUUAGGAGGUGUGGGCACUCGGACAAUUUCUUCUUCAUUGAAGUGGGCAGGUCUGCCUCGACGGGACCUGGCGAGUUGUGGAUGCAAGCCGAUGACUCGGUGGUGGCACAGAAUAUCCACGAGACCAUCCUGGAGGCCAUGAAAGCCAUGAAAGAGCUGUCUGAGUUUAGACCCAGGAGCAAGAGCCAGUCGUCCGGUACCAACCCCAUCUCUGUGCCUACCAGGAGGCAUUUCAAUAACCUGCCUCCCAGCCAGACUGGGCUGCCCAGACGUUCCAGGACGGACAGCAUGGCGGCCACCUCGCCUGCCAGUAAGUUUACCUCUAGCCGUAUGCGGACCGCCAGUGAAGGGGAUGGCACCAUGAGCAGACCGUUGUCUGUGACGGGCAGUCCGAUCAGCCCCUGCACUAUAGCACCUCUCAGCCGCUCCAACACUGUCACCACCAGACCGUCGAGGGCGAUCCACACCAACUCGCUCCAGCACAGCAAGUCCAUGUCGAUGCCGGUGUCUCAUUCGCCGCCCUCGGCUGCCAGUCCGGUGAGCCUCUCGUCGAGCAGUGGGCACGGAUCGGCGUCGGACACCAUUCAGCGGCCGUCUAGUGCCAGUGCCUCGGUUUCUGGGUCGCCGAGCGACGGUGGGUUCAUGUCCUUUGACGAGUACGGAUCCAGCCCGGGCGACGUGCGGCUUUCAGUGGGGAACCGGAGCAACACGCCCGAGUCCAUCAGCGAGACGCCGCCGUACCGGGAGAGCGCCGAUUGUUGCGGCUACAUGACCAUGGACAGGCCGCCGAGCGCUCAGUUCCAUCCGAGUUUCAGGCAGGCUUCCAAGGAUGAACUUUUGGAUUCCAGCAAAGGGUACAGGAAGAGGACCUAUUCCCUGACGACGCCACUGCAGCAGAAGGCGACGCCGCACGUGUCGUCUGCCUCUCUGGACGAGUACACGCUGAUGAGAGCUACAUAUACUAGCAGCAACUCGGGCCAUCAAUCAUGCGCAGCCUCACCCAAGGUCACCUAUCCGGAAGAUUACGGAGACAUUGAAAUUGGGCCACAGAAGAGUUCGAGCAGCACUCCUUGUGCCGAUAACGGCUACAUGCUGAUGUCGCCCGGAGUGGCGCCAAGUUUAAACCACAACGAGAACUAUGUGCCCAUGAGUCCCACUAGCGUUUCUGCGCCCAAACAAAUCAUCAACCCACGCUCUCACUGUCCGGUGGACGGAAGCAGACACCGGACCCAUUCGCCCGGCAGCUGCUCUCUCGACGACAACGGUUACAUGAGAAUGUGGUGCGGUUCCAAGCUGUCCGUCGAAAGCCCGGACGGGAAGCUGACCAACGGCGACUACAUGAACAUGUCGCCUAUCGAUCACUGUGUUUCUCUCACCCCGCCGGAUUACUUUUUAAGCGACUUACCAAAAACCUCCUAUUCGUUUAACUCGCUGCCUCGGUCCUACAAGAGUCAGACUUGCAAAAAUGGGGACAGCGACCAGUACGUGAUGAUGAACCUGCAGAACCAGAUGAUUCUCGAGGAGUCUGGUUGCUGUACGAGGAGUGUCACUUCUGUGGUGACGAACCACCUGGCGCCCUCGCCGGUGCGGCACAACAGAAGUGACGGCUUGGGCCCUCGGGGAAGAGCCAACCGACCCACCAGGCUGUCUCUGGACACCUUGAGGACAUUGCCCAGUAUGAAUGAGCACCCGCUCCCACCGGAACCCAAGAGCCCGGGUGAAUAUAUCAACAUAGACUUUAGCGAAAGCGCCAGGGACUCGCCCCCCAUUUCAUCCACAGGAAGCCCUUCGUCCUCCCUCGGGUCUGCUCACGGCCAGCGGACGUCUCCACUGUCACACUACAUGAACCUCGAUUUGAGCACGCAGUCGCCCAGAUCUGGGGACACCCCCGUGGACGCUAUGAAUGUGAUAUCUAACUUGCCAUGCUCUUGCACAAACCAGCCAGAGGACAUGUACCUCAAAGCGCAGAUCGGACCCGUUUGUCUCUCUGGCCCCGCGAUGGACGACUACACGGACAUGACGUUCGGAAUGAGAAACGCACCCGCGCAGCCUCUCUCGCAAACCACAGAAAGUGCCCAAACCACCAGCCCCACCAGCGGCAUCCAGAGAUUAAGUCUGAUGGAUCAAAUGUCCGGUCUGGAAGCGUUCAUCUUGCCCAGCUUACCCCCGGAUCCGAACAGGGGGGCGAAGGUGAUCCGGGCAGACCCCCAAGGACGGCGGCGCCACAGCUCGGAGACAUUUUCGUCCACCACCACCGUCACGCCCGUCUUUCCUUCUUUUGCACACGAUCCCAAGAGACACAGCUCUGCCUCCGUGGAAAACGUCUCUCUCAGGAAAAGCGAGGGAUCCGACGAGGAGUACGGUAGCCCCAUGUGCAGGGAGACCUCGGCGGGCUUUCAGAACGGGCUCAAUUACAUCGCUUUGGACCUGAUGGACGAGAGCCUGGGAAGCUGCGAUGGCGUCCUGAGACUGAAGAGCACACAUUGCUUCAAAGCCGGCAUGGAUGCCAGCCCUUAUGCCAGUCUAGGCUUCUUAAAGGAAGCGACAACAGCUGCUGCUAAAGGAAGGCCACAAAAUGUGCGAGUCGGCAAUAACACCUCUAAGACCAUCACGUUGAGCACAGGGGCCCCACAAGGGCGUGUGCUCAGCCUGCUGCUCUUCACCCUGCUGACCCACGACUGUGUACCAAUCUACAGUUCCAAUCACGUUGUCAAGUUUGCGGACGAUACAACCGUGGUCAGCCUUAUCACCAACAAUGACGAAGCCAACUACAGCUACGAGGUGAGCCAACUGGUCCAGUGGUGUAAAGACAACAAUCUCUUCCUGAACGUGGGAAAGACCAAAGAGAAUGUGGUCGAUUUCAGGAAAGGUCAUUCACAGCACCCCCCCACUGACCAUCGAUGGUGUAGCUGUGGAAAGGGUGAGUAG